GUGAUUAGCAUUUAGUUGAAUAGUGAUUGCCAAAGCUCCAGGUAUCUUCAUCUGAGACGGAAAUGCGUGUCUUCAUUGUUUCGUGCCUCCUAGGCCUGGCCGUGGCCGCGCCCCAAGGAUACAACUACCAAGCCCAGCUGCAGCAGCAGUUACCGGCGCUGCAGGCUCCCGCUGUGCAGCAGAUUUUGCCUGGAGGAGGCCUUUCCUUCUCCACGUCGUCGUCACAGCAAAGCCAGGUCUAUCAACAGCAGGUGCCACUUGGCGGAAACAUUGCCUACAAUGUGCAGCCUCAGAUAUAUCAGCAGCAGCCGCAGCCCCAGCACCAGCGGCAGCAGCAGCAACACCUAGUCUCAAAGGAUAUCUAUGUCCAUGUCCCACCCGUCGAUGUGGCAGAGGAAGCGUAUCCCCAGCCUGCCCUUCCGCCGCCACCGCCCCGCAAGCAUUACCGCAUCGUGUUCAUUAAGGCGCCCACUCCUAGUGUCAGCAAGGCGGCGCUGCGCGUCAAGCAAGCACCUGUGGAGGAAAAGACCAUCAUUUACGUGCUGACCAAGAAGCCAGAUCCCCUGGACCUGCAGGCGGCCUUUGAGGAAGCCGCACCAAAGCAGCCCAGCAAGCCGGAGGUCUUCUUCAUCAAGUAUAAGACCCAAGAGGAAGCUGCGCAUGCACAGCGCACCAUUCAAGCUCAAUACGACCAGCUUGGCGGCACCUCACAGGUUUCGGAUGAGGGCGUCGCACCAGUCACCUCGGUUAUCGGGGUUCUGGACAACCAGCAGCAGACACAGGGAGGUGCUCUAACGAGAGCCGUGCCAAAUAAUUACCUACCCGCCCUGACAGGUUAAUUAUUGCCAAUUGCAAAGAACUGUUGUACCUUUAAGUAUCCAACUAUUGUAUAUAUUCUUAGCUAAAUAAACAAGACCAC